CUGCCACUCUGGGCUCAAUUCAAUCGUUCGAUCCCCCGGACACUUGGUUUAACAGUGUGUUUCGGCUAUUCCAAUUUUUUUGUUCUUCGUCAGCAGACCAUUCGCUGGCUCUCUCAUCACUUUCCCUAUAAACUCCGGACAGGUUGCAUAAUAAUCACAGGUUCUGUGGCAUGGCCUAAGCCAUCAUGACUGUUCGUGGAGCUGGCGUGGACAAGACAAUUCACAUUCUCCGAUAGUUAUUAUUUAAUUUUUAUUCAUUCAUCCCAUCAGCUCCCCAGCGUGUUGACUACGUGUUUGUUUGGGCGCAGCCAGACCAUCUCUCGAACCUACUCACAACCUACCUAAAUAAUACCGGGCUGUGAAGCUUAAGAGGGUCUUGAAAAUGUCUCAGAAAUUUGAAAAGUCAGUAAAAGGGGCCACUAAGGUCAAGCUUGCGGCCCCCAAGUCCAAAUACAUCGAACACAUCCUGGUAGCAACGCAUACGGGUGAAGCGGGAGUGGCAGAGAUCUUUCGAACGUUACACCUCCGGAUUCGUGAUUCAACAUGGACGGUUGCGUUCAAAGCUCUCAUUGUGGUUCAUCUCAUGGUCAGGGAAGGACAGCUGGACGCCACGCUACAAUAUAUGGCAGAAAACCCUCGGAAACUUGCUGUUAGCGGGCUUUCGGAAGUCCAGUCGCAAGGACAUAACAUCCGAAGAUAUUCUAGCUAUCUCCUUGCUCGCGCAAAAGCCUUCGAGGAUGCAAAAACCGACUAUGUACGCAGCGGACAGGGCCGAAUGAAGCGCCUCACGGUAGAAAAAGGCCUGUUAAGGGAAACAGAAAUCGUUCAGGACCAGAUUAGGGAGUUGUUACGAUGCGAUCUCUUGACAGACGAGGUGGAGAACGAAAUUACGUUAACGGCGUUUCGUCUGCUCACCUUGGACCUUUUGACGCUAUACUCUGUUAUGAAUGAGGGCACAAUCAAUGUAUUGGAGCAUUACUUCGAGAUGUCAAGGCCUGACAGCGAACGUGCGCUGGAAAUCUACAAGACCUUUGCGGCGCAAACCGAGGAGGUCGUUAAAUUUCUGGGAGUUGCGCGACAUUUUCAAUCGGCAACCAGGCUCGAGAUACCUAAACUAAAGCAUGCUUCCACCGACUUGACGCGCCUUCUCGAGGAUGACUUGAACGACCCGGAUUUCAACCUUCGCCGGAGAGAGUAUCUCGCUCGGAAAGGUGGUAGUGGCAGUGCUUUCACGCCUACAGCAAGUUCUGCCACAGGGAAUAAACCUGCUAACAACACCAACUCUACACCUCCCCGACCAAGAACAGAACCGAGCCCGCAGACACAGGCCCCCCCGAAUCUCAUAGACUUUUUCGAUACCAUCGACUCAAAUCCGACCCCACAAGUUCAGCCACAGCCGCAGAACAUGCAAUUCCAGCAGACAGGCUUCCCCGCACAGCACGCUGGGUUCUUCCCGCAACAGACAGGUUUUGUGCAGCAGCCGCAAGCAACCGGCUUUGGUCAGGCAGGCCCUUUUGGAGGUCCCUUUGCACCGCAGAUUAAUAAUCAGUUCGGCCAGCCGCAAGUACCACAGCCGCUUCAAUCUACUCCGACGGGCGCUGGAUUUGGUGGCUACUCGCCACAGCCACAAACCCAGUUCCAAACGCAGCUGUCCACUAUUCCAUCCAACAAUAUCGCCGGAUUUCCCCAACAGCAGCAGCAGCCACCAACAUUAGGCGCUCUACAACCUCAAACAACCAAUCCUUUCCGGCAGUCGAUGCUGGUGAGCACCCCGACUGGGUCGGCCAUGCCCGCAUCUGCAUUGAACCGCCAGAAUACGAAUCCUUUCGCGCGGCGGUCGUCGACUGUCAACGCACCGUUUGGCCCCGGAGCUCUAGAACCAUUCCCCCAGUCUCUGCAACAGCCUCAGGCACCCACGCAGCCAGUCCCCCUCCAGCCCCAACGAACGGGCACCAAUCCCUUUGCGCGGAGUUCCUCUGUUCCACCACAAGCGCAAGGAUUGCAACCGCCCGCAGCGCCUCUGCAGCCUACUCCGACCGGUAGCACCAACCCAUUCCGACAAAGUGCCUUUGUACAUCAAGCCACCGGACAAGGGUGGCAAGGGAAUGGCCAACAGGGUACCAUGGGGGGACUGGAGCAGUUAGAGACCGUACCUGUCUUUCCCCGACAAGGCAUUCUGUGAUCACUGGGGGGGGGGGGGCUGAAUCAGGAUACCUGUU